AUGGCAGACAAUGCCACGCUAGUCAUGGCACUGUUGUUUGCUUUCUUCGUGCUAUUGUUUUUCUUGCUCACGGCAAAUGUGUAUAAACGACAUUUGGAGGACAGAAAGCGGCGGAGGCGGCAAGAAAGGUUGCGCGACUGCCAACGGGCCGAGCCGUUUGCACCGCCAGUGUCACUUCCGGUGGUUGUUGGCGCGGUAGUCGUGUUCCCGUCGCAUGAGGAGGCGCAGCAUCGGAUCGAGGAGGACGGUGCACCCAUCACGCGUGUGCCCAGCGAGCUGCCGGGGGACGGCCUCACCACGUCCCAUGAGUACUUCGCCAGCGCCGAGCCCGUGGAGGAGGGAAACGCUUUGCCCCGUGCACGGUCAGGAGAUGUACUGCAGGGUGUGCCCGUUGACCGCAGUCUCCGCUUGCCUGACGUGAAUGCGGCGAGCCGCAGACUGAACACUCUCUCUGGGGCCACGUACCGCCUGCGACCCGCCAGCGCCGUAUAUGGCAGUGCAUCGUACCUUCCGCGCAGCAGCAGCAGCGGCAGUGGAAUGACGGCAGGAGAUGUGCCCGGUGUUUUGCAACAGUCUGAUGCGGCAUCCUGCCCGGAAACCGCCAGCCCCGUGCAUGUGUGUGAGGCGCCGCCGCGUGCUGCCGCAGCUGUCAAUGCCGAGGGCCGCACAGUCCCCACCACCACGGCACGCCGACCGCCUGUGGAAGAAGGCCAGCGAAUCUGA